AUGCAAAUGAAGUCACAGCUGUCUGAGAAGUACGGCCCGGUAUUCAGCGUCCAGAUGGGAACGACAAAGAUGGUCAUCCUAUGUGGUUAUGAUGUUAUAAAAGAUGCUCUCGUAAACCACGCGGAGGAAUUCUCUGACAGACCGAACACUCCAGUGCAUGAUAAGAUGUUAAAGGGCCACGGUCUUGCUUUAUCUAAUGGUGAGAACUGGAAAGUGAUGAGACGAUUCACUCUUUCAACGUUACGAGAUUUCGGAAUGGGGAAGAAAGGAAUAGAGAACAAGAUUACUGAAGAGGCCGAAUGUUUAAUACAGACAUUUAAGUCAUAUGAAGGAAAACCCUUUGAUAAUUUGCCCAUCAUCAAUGCAGCUAUAGCCAAUAUCAUUGUGUCCCUGCUGCUCAGUGAGAGGUUUGAAUACGAUGACCCAACCAUUCUCGAACUCCUGAAUAUAAUUAAUGUCAAUGUGAAACUCCUGGGAAGCCCUAUGGCCAGGCUGUACAAUCUUUUCCCAUCGGUGAUGGACUGGCUGCCCGGCAAUCACAAAGGCAUCUUUGAAAACAAUAGAGUGCUCGAGAACUUUAUAAGAGCGACAUUUACAAAGCAAAGGAAAGAACUGGAUGUGAAUGACCAGAGGAAUCUGAUUGAUGCAUUCCUGGCUAAGCAGAUGGAGGAGAAACCAGAAUCCACAUUGUAUUACCACAAUGACAAUCUGACUUCACUGGUGUCGGAUCUGUUUACUGCUGGGACGGAGACCACCACAACCACUCUGAGAUGGGGCCUCCUGCUCAUGAUGAAAUACCCGGAAAUUCAAAAAAAAGUGCAGAAUGAAAUUGAAAGAGUGAUCGGAUCAUCUCCGCCUCAGUUAGAGCACAGGAAGCAAAUGCCGUACACCGACGCCGUCAUCCAUGAAAUUCAGCGGUUUGGUGACAUUGCACCAGAAAGUGUUCCGCAUGCAACUUCCCGAGAUGUCACAUUCAGAGGAUAUUUUAUACCAAAGGGGACCCCUGUGAUGGUAAUACUAUCCUCUGUACUAAAAGAUAAAGCCUACUUUGAAAAACCAGAAGAGUUUUACCCGGAACGUUUUCUGAACACAGAAGGGCAUUUAAAGAAGACUGAAGCAUUCAUACCGUUCUCAAUGGGUAAUACACCUACUAGUUUUGGGUAGAUAAGUUGAAUAAUGAGCAGGUCUCCGGUCUUUAAACCAGAUUACAGGGUAAAUUUACUAAA